AUGGCAAUAAGAAACGUAUUGAUCAGUAAAAUGGAGAGUGUGCAAACCGUUGCCUCGGCUACAACAAACACCAUCCCAUCACAGUUCAUACGGCCAGAGAAUGAGCAGCCUGGGAUAACAACCUUCCAUGGCCGAGACCCAGAGGUUCCCGUCAUCGAUCUCUCAAACCCAGAUGAAGAAAAGCUUACAGGGCAAAUUGUGGAAGCUAGCUGCAAAUGGGGUAUGUUCCAAGUGGUGAACCAUGGCAUACCAAGUGAUUCUAUUACCAAACUACAAAAAGUUGGAGAACAGUUCUUUGAGCUAUCUCAAGAAGAGAAGGAGGUGUAUGCUAAGCCCCCUGAUGCUAAAAGUGUGGAAGGGUAUGGAACAAAACUACAAAAAGAUGUGGAAGGCAAGAAAGGAUGGGUUGAUCAUUUGUUCCAUAAGAUAUGGCCUCCUACUGCUAUUGAUUACAAAUUCUGGCCUAAAAACCCACCUUCUUAUAGGGAGGUUAAUGAGGAAUAUGCUCAACACCUACAUGGGGUGGUUAACACGCUAUUUAGGAGCUUAUCACUAGGGUUAGGGCUUGAAGGGGAUGAAUUGAAAAAGGCAGCCGGCGGUGAUGAGCUGGUGUACAUGUUAAAGAUAAACUAUUACCCACCGUGUCCCUGCCCCGAUCAGGCUCUUGGAGUUGUAGCCCAUUCUGACAUGUGUACUAUCACCAUUCUUGUGCCAAAUGACGUUGAAGGCCUCCAAGUCUUACAAGAUGGCUACUGGUUUGAUGUUAAAUACGUUCCCAAUGCCCUAAUCAUCCAUAUUGGUGACCAGAUUGAGAUCUUGAGCAAUGGCAAGUACAAGAGCGUGUUUCAUAGAACAACAGUGAACAAAGAGAGAACAAGAAUGUCAUGGCCAGUGUUCUUGGAGCCACCGCCAGAGCUGGAAGUAGGGCCACAUCCUAGUCUCCUUAAUGAAGAACAUCCCCCAAUGUAUAAAACCAAGAAGUAUUGUGAUUAUGCUUACUGUAAGCUCAACAAAAUCUCACAGUGA